AGCUGCAGGAUUCCGAUUGGCUGUCGUUGUGAGUUCAGAGGUGAGUUAGCUAUCAAGCUAUGUAGCCACCUAGCUGCUAGAGGAGUGUGUUUCAUCUGCUGCUUCUUGUAAACACUGCUCCUCAUUCCAGUCCGACGUGACACUUAACGUGCACAAAGGUACUGUCGCUUUAUUCAUCUGACCUGUCACGUCCCGUUUGCGCGUCAGCUCCGAGCACUUGCACAUGUUAGCUCUGUAGCCACCCUAGCCUAGCCUAGCUCAGUGCCUUGGUGACAGGUGUCCUUCCAGAUGACACAUUUGAUCAAACCUUGCACGCACAGCCAGCUAAAGGACGGUUCACACGGGCUCUGUCAGAGCCAUGGCAUCGGCCAGGCUCCUGUGUUUGUCCUACGCGAGAGCAGCAAGCUCGAGCAAAGCAUUGGGCAGAGCAGGCUGGAGAAAUGUCUGCACUUCACCUUCAAGGCUGCAGGGCUGCAUGUCAGCAUGGGUCAUUGAUCAGUAUGGCACUAAUGGAGUUUUGAAGUACACAGAAGAGAUCAGCAUCCCCACUGUCAGCUCCCCCCAAGAGGUGAUGAUUAAAGUCCAUGCGGCUAGUCUCAACCCUCUGGAUGUGUCUAUGAGGGGUGGUUAUGGAGCCAAGCUGCUCAAGUUAAGAAGGGAUCCGUUGUCCGUGAUGGACAGCGAUAGUGAGUUUCCUCUCAUUCUGGGUCGUGAUGUGUCCGGUGUGGUGGUGGACUGUGGAUCUGAGGUUACCCAUUUUGCUCCAGGAGAUGAGGUGUGGGCUGCUGUUCCUCCAUGGAAACAAGGCAGCCUGGCAGAAUUUGUGACUCUAACAGAGUAUGAGGUUUCCCACAAGCCAAAAUUACUGAGUCACACAGAGGCAGCAUCCAUCCCUUACGUAGCCAACACUGCUCUGUCUGCGCUUGUUAACGCAGGUGGUCUUUGCAGAGACAGCGCUUCGAAUAAAAGAGUGUUGAUCACUGGAGGAUCUGGAGGUGUCGGAACAUUCACUAUUCAGUUAUUGAAGGCCUGGGGAGCCAAUGUAACCGUUACCUGCUCUCAGAACGCCGAAGGUCUCGUUAGAGGGCUUGGGGCUGACGAGGUGGUUGACUACACAGCAGGAGAUGCGGCCGAGCAACUAGAAAUGAUGGAGAAGUUUGACGUGAUCUUGGACAGCGUGGGUGGGGAAACAGAGCAGUGGGUGAUGGGCAAGCUGAAGCCCUGGUCUGGCGCGAAGUAUGUCACACUGGUGACACCUUUGCUCCACAACACCGAUUCCAUGGGCCUGCUGGAUGGGGCGUUUAGGGCUGUGUUCACCCUGAACAGCAAAGUCACACAGAACAUGAUAUCCAGCGGAAUCUUCUACCGGUGGGGGUUUUAUGCUCCAGAUGGGCCCGCCCUGGACGAGGUCAGCAAACUGGUGGAUGAAGGGAAGAUCCUGCCAGUCGUGGAGGCGCAGUUUCCAUUUACCCAGGUGCCCCAGGCCUUUCAGAAGUUGGAGGAGGGCCACGCCAGAGGCAAGACAGUAGUCAGGGUGGCUGAAGAGGAUGAUAGACAGGCCGAAGAGUUGGUGCAGAACAGUCGCACAGAGACUGCAGAGUCGGAGCAAGAAGUGCCAAAAACAGCCAAGCAACACUAGAGACUGUAAGGAGUGCUGUGAUUCUUCUCACCUUUUCAAGGCUACUCUUGACAGGAUCAGACUGUAUUAUUUAAAGAGCUCAGAGGGGCUGCUGAUGUGUAGCAGACUACAAGCGUGACCUGAACUUGAAAUGGGACUGUCAAAGAAUAUACUCCCGUCCACUUUCUUUAAGUUUUUACAAGGUUCUGGAGUUAUGCUGCACUCAUGUCAUGGUGAGAUUGAUAAUAAUGGCAAUUACAAUCAUGCACCUUUCUGUGAGCUUUUAGAUUACUGCAAUCUAUCCAACAAGGAGUUACACAAUUCAACAUGUCUGUUACGAACACAGUCAGCCAGAAAUGUUUCUCAGUAGAUGUUUUUUCCCCUCCAGCACCAGGUGAAGCAGGAACAGCAGGAUAAGACAGGUAGCUAUUUGCAUCUCUUUGUAUUUGCCCGAACUACCAUGAGCAC